AUGUUCCAUGUCGAACGCAGCAAUAUCCAGUCGAUAAGGGCAUCAGUACUACCGCGAAGGAGGCGAAACAACUACAACAACGGAGGCAUCAUUGCGUCACUCCUGCCGUACAUCCCGUGGAGAGAAGACGCCAGCAUCGUCGCGGUCGAUGCGGUGGGACGCAGGUUCACUUCAAGAGGUGUCUCAUUGGGUAACAUCAACCGCAGCGUCAAGUUGGAUGAUGCGUUGGAGCAAAUUUUAUGCUUUACCCCGCUGCUGGAGGCGUUUGAAGAGUUUUGCCAGAAGGCCCUCUGCAUCGAGUCACUCAUGUUCUUGAAGGCGGUUAUGGGAUUCAGGGGUUCCGUUCAUGCAUCGACCGCCAGUGACGACGGCAAUUUCACACUGUUGACGGAUAUCGUCCAAAAGUACGUCCAGAGCGGGUCUCCGUUUGAGGUCAACAUCGACAGCAAGACCAAGAGCAAUAUUCUGGUAAAGAUCACAAGGGAAACCUUCAUGCGACUUCCUCAGGUGAUGGGUGUACGCGAACUCUAG